GUUCAUGGUUUAUCCUGAGAUUUUGAGAAUUUUCAGGAUUUCCAGGACAUUUUCUCAUUGUAUUUGUACAUAAAACACCCACACAAAAUGCCCAAGUCAAAGAGGGAUAAGAAGAUUUCCCUGACAAAGACUGACCGGAAGGGACUCGUAUGGAAGCAACAUAUAAUUGAGGACAUUCAGAGUUGUGUGACAAAGUACACGAAUGUGUAUGUUUUCUCCGUUCACAAUAUGCGCAACACCCUGCUGAAGGAGCUCCGGACACAGUGGAAGGAUUCCCGGUUUUUCUUCGGGAAGAACAGGAUAAUGCAGUUGGGACUCAAUGAGGCCGCCAAGGAGUUGGAGGAGAAGAUUGGGGAGGAUCUGCACAAGCUGUCGCUUCGUCUCACCGGACAGUGUGGGCUACUCUUCACAGAUCACCCCAAGGAGGUUGUCCUGGACUGGUUUAAGGACUACUCAGCCCUUGAGUACGCCCGCAGUGGGCAUACGAGCAAGGAGGCCAUCAUCCUCCCUGCUGGGCCUUGCGAGGAAUUCUCUCACGCCAUUGAGCCACAUUUGCGGAAAUUGGGGCUCCCAACGAAGCUAGAACGCGGCGUUGUGUCCCUCUACAAGGAAUACCGAGUCUGCGAAGCCGGGAGCAUUCUCACGCCCGAACAGGCGAAGAUCCUGAAGCUCUGCAACAUGCCCAUUGCCACAUUCAAGCUUCUCAUCAAGUGCCUCUGGAGUAAAACUGCCGGAUUUGAGCCCUUUGUGGAUGAGCCCGAAGCCAGUGACAGUGGAAAUGGAGCUGAUGACGAAAUGGACACCCCCGCAGAUGGUCCCGAUGCCCCCAUGGAUGAAGAAUCCGACGAUGAAUAAAUAAAAUAAAAUUAAAUUAAAGAAAACUCUUUUUUUUUGCUCUUUUUUGCAUUUUAUUUUGCCGCACAUAAAGCGCAAUUACCUGUGAGUAAAUUCAUCUUUCUCUAUAAUUUUAUAUCGCAUAAUGUUUUGUUUUGUAGCACAUUUAAGUUCUGAUUAAAUUUUUAAAACUUCCUCUAA